UGGAUUUUCCUCCUCAUGGGGCGACUGCCUCUCCAUGGCUAUUUAAAGCCACCCUGCAUUGGUGCAUUGCAAGCAUGAGAAGGGAGAUCAUAGAAAUCAACAAGAAAGCUGGGGCCAUUGGAAGGAAGGGAAGAAUGGAACAAGAAGAGGAGCUGCCUCCUUCUUCGUUGUCCUCCCUGAGGCAGUGCAGGAUUUGCCAUGAAGAAGAGGAGGGCAAGGAGGGUGCAACCAUGGAGUCUCCUUGUGUAUGCUCUGGCUCUCUAAAGUAUGCUCACAGGGGAUGUGUCCAGAGAUGGUGUGAUGAGAAGGGGAGCACCCUCUGUGAGAUUUGCCUUCAGAAUUUCGAGCCAGGUUACACAAUGCCUCCAAAGGAAACUCCGGUGGUUGAAAUUGCAGUCGCUAUCAGUGAACAUGAGGACCUGCAAUCUGUGGAAUCUCCUGAGAGCUUGAUUGACGGCGCAGAUUACACCGAGUGCUCCUGCCCUGCAGAUCGAGGUGCCACGUGGCGUCGGUCACUCACGAUUACGUUCACCAUUAUGCUGUUUGUGUGGCAUCUGGUUGCAGUGGUGACGGUCGAAGCAGCAGACCACUGCGCGUUCAGUCUCCUCACAAUAUACUUACUUCGGGUUGCUGGUAUCUUGCUGCCAUUCUACGUUGUCAUGCGGCUGAUUCGCAUGAUCCAGAGACGGCAGCGGCAAUAUCGGUUGCAGCUGCUGGAGGACCAAAGAAGAAAUGCAUCAACCAUGAAUUACUUGCAUGGCCAGGAGCAGCAGCAGCAGCUAGUAAUUAAUAUUCAUUGAGCAAGCGGAUUUAAAUGAUCCUCCGAUAGAAGGUUGCACAAACAUACAUUAUGUAUCGCAGGGGAAAACGUUCAAACAGAAUAUCAUUUGUAAACCUUCAGUAGAUAUAUAGAUAGUGCAGUGGAAGCAGCCCCGUUUUAUUGGCACCGUAAGUAUGAAUGUAAGAUCAAAUAAGGGGGAGAUCAAAUGAAUUCAAGUCAAAAGGAUAAUAUUCAUGCUUA